AUGGAGCAUCAGCAAUGCCAGUCGCCUCAGGGUAGUGCCACUGGUCCUUCAGCUCGAAGACUUCACAUUGCUCAUCGAAGAAGCCCAUCCGAGCUGACACCGCUAAUGAGCAUGUUUUCAUCACCUGGAAUGGAACAGCUUGCAAUUCAACAACAAAUUGAGUUACUUCAACAGCAACAGCAGCAGAUUCAAGCUACACAUCAGCAAUACGUUAACAUGGGGAUGAUACCUCCCACACAACAUCUUGCUCAAGGAGGUGGUUUUACACCCCUACAGCAGCAACAGCUACCAAACAUGUCAUCACAAUCAUCAUUUCAAUUCCCUAAUCAAAUGCAGCAGUCACAGAUCAAUGGUAAUAUGGGUGCUCCCGCCCAGCCAAUGUCUCACCGUCGGAAUCAAUCUGCAGUUCCAAACAUGGGCAUGGGGCCACCUCCAGCUCCAUCAUCUGGGACUUCUUCUAUAGCUUUUAACGAUUUCAACAUUCAAAAUAGAGAAAAUAUUACAGGUAAAGGUAGUCGGGGUGGGGGUGGACCCCCCGCAGGCGGUCACCAGAGGCGUCACUCCCUCGCCUUACCCGAGGCUAAAAAAGCUGCUGAACUUGCCCAACAGCAACGAACAACAUCUGGAUUUCAGUUUCCUUUACCUGGCGCGGCUUCAGAUACUACGGCACCGGAUGAAGCAUCCAGCCAGACUCAAAAUACUAAUAGCUUCCUUACACCUAAUUCUAAUACGCGAGGAACUCGUAUAUCUCAUGGAAGAAGCCAAAGUGUAGCUGCUGGACCUGAACUUAGACGUGGAUCAGCAGCUCGUGGAGGUGGGUCAUUUCAAUUUCCCACGCAAGAUUCGAACGGUGCGGGUCAACCCAACGACUUCCAGCGAAGGGGAAGUUACAGUAACCACACGCGAAGCUCAUCACGAAACUUUGAUGGAAAUUGGAGGAAUAAUACAAAUACGACCCAGCCACCGCAAGAUCAACAAAAUUUGAAUAAUUUCCAGAACCAGCAACAACAGGGUAACUUUCAGCCCGGACAUCGCUCUCGUAGCUCAGUGAACCAGUCUAUCAGUGCAACUCUGAACUCUUUCCAGUUUGGAGGGCAGGCUCAACUCGUUCCCCUGCCUCAAGGACAAAUGGCCCUCGUUCAACAACCAAUAUUUCCCGGCCAACAGCUUAACCCGCUACAAAUCAACCAGUUACAAGCUUUGCAAGCGGCUCAAAUGAAUGGUCAUGUGAACAACCAGCAAAUCCCUACACAGGCUCAACAACAACAGCAGCGAAAGACCCUCUUUACACCUUAUCUUCCACAAGCCACUCUACCAGCAUUGCUAGGAGAUGGUCGGCUCGUAUCAGGCAUACUUCGUGUAAAUAAAAAGAACAGAAGUGAUGCCUAUGUUACCACGCAGGACGGACUUCUCGACGCUGAUAUAUUUAUCUGUGGAAGUAAGGAUCGUAAUCGCGCAUUGGAAGGCGACCUAGUUGCUGUUGAAUUGCUUGACGUUGGUGAGGUCUGGGCGCAAAAACGAGAAAAGGAAGAGAAAAAAAAGCGAAAGGAUUUUACCGAUAACAGAUCUGGCAGUAUCGCCAAUGGAGGUAAUUCUUACAGGGAUUCUAACAAUUCUGACGACCAGUUCGGUUCUUGCGAUGGCGGCAUUCGACGACGUGGAAGCCUUAGACAGCGGCCUACCCAGAAGAAAAAUGACGACGUCGAAGUAGAAGGCCAAAGCCUUCUUUUGGUCGAGGAAGAAGAGGUCAACGAUGAUCAGAAGCCGUUAUAUGCUGGGCAUAUCGUUGCAGUGAUUGAGCGUGUUCCUGGCCAAAUGUUCUCUGGGACGCUUGGCCUCUUACGGCCCAGCAGUCAAGCUACGAAAGAGAAACAAGAGGCUGAACGUCAAGCACGGGACGGCGGGGUCGGGCGCUUUCACGAGCAGCGCCAUCAAGAUAAGCCUAAAAUAGUUUGGUUUAAACCCACUGAUAAACGAGUGCCACUCAUUGCCAUUCCCACCGAGCAAGCUCCUCGCGACUUUGUUGAAAAACAUCAAGAUUAUGCAGAUCGUAUAUUCGUCGCGUGCAUUAAAAGAUGGCCAAUCACAUCUCUUCAUCCUUUCGGGACCCUUGUCGAACAAUUAGGAAAGAUGGGAGAACUAAAAGUUGAGACAGAUGCGCUAUUGCGAGAUAACAAUUUUGCAAACGAUGAAUUCUCUGACGCAGUGCAACGAAGUGUCGAUCUCGACGGCUGGUCACUCGAAAAAGAGGAUCAAGAGCUGGUUUUGGAACGGCGAGAUUUCAGGGAAGAAGAAAUAUUCACAGUUGAUCUUAACGGAACCGACGAACACGACUGUGCUAUUCACGUGAAGACUGAAGCGUCUGGUAACUUGGAGAUUGGCAUUCACAUUGCAGAUUAUUCGCACUUUGUCAAAGCUAAUUCCUUGGUUGAUCGUGAGGCCAAGCGUCGUGGUACGGCUGUAUACUUAAUGACCCGCUCCUGUGCCAUUUACCCGUCAAAAAUAGCAACAAAUUUGUGCUCCUUCAUCCCACUCCAAGAUCGGCUUGCAGUUAGUGUCGUAUUCAAAGUCCAACCUCAAACAUGCUCAGUCUUGGAAGAAGAGACAUGGGUGGGCAAGAGCAUUGUAAAGAGCUCUAGCAAAAUUUCACGCGCUGAAAUGGAUGACAUAUUAUCAUCUAAGAGCAAGGAUGAAAGUGGGAGCUGCAAGCUGAGAGAUUUACAUAACGUGGCUCAGAACUGGCGUGAAACUAGGCUCAAUACUGACGAGAAAGUUGCACCCUUACGUCUGAUUUAUCAGCUUGAUGAUGAAAACAGUCUAGUUGAGCGAAAUAUUUUCAACUCUUCUCCAUCUGUCGAAGUUAUUGAAGAGCUUAUGCAUAAAGCUAAUGCCUUUGUUGCGCAAAAGAUCUUUAAAGGACUACCCGAAAAGGCAUUUCUCCGCCGUCAGAGCGCACCCAAACCAGGACGCCUUCAAACCUUCGCGGAGCGUAUGAAUUUGAUCGGACAUGUUAUCGAUACAACUAGUAGCGGAAGUAUACAAAAUAGCUUGUUUAAAAUCGAGGAUGCAGAUGUCCGGAAGGGUAUGGAAACUCUCUUCGUUAAAACUAUGCACAGGGCAAAAUAUUUCGUACCCGGUAAAACUUCUACCAAAAUCUAUGAACAUUAUGCGUUGAACUUGCCGCUAUACACACAUUUUGCUUGUCCAUCCCGUCGCUAUGCUGAUCUAGUUGUCCAUCGUCAACUAGAAGCAGUCCUUUCGGAUGGCAAGAUUGAAUAUGUCGAAGAUCUCGAAACUCUUGCAAAAACUGCCGAAUCUUGCAACACUAAAAAAGAUUCUGCCCUAAAUGCUCAGGAGCAGAGUAUUCACAUUGAGUCUUGCAGGAUCAUGGAUAGAAAGCGUGAAGAGGCUGGUGGAGAACUUAUUGCAGAGGGAAUCGUCAUCUGUAUUCAUGAUUCGGCAUUCGAUGUCCUAAUACCCGAAUAUGGAUUUGAAAAGCGAGUCCAUUGCGAUCAGCUACCACUGAAAAAGGCCGAGUUCCGCAAAAAAGAUCGAGUUCUUGAGCUAUAUUGGGAGAAGGGAGUAUCCUCGUCUACUUAUGUUCCCGAGGAUGAGCGAAACAAAGGGAGUAUCUCUCAUCAUUCCAACUAUGCGGCAGCGGCUGCUGCUAAACAGGCGGCAGUUGCAGAGCGAGCAAAGAAAGAGCAUGAAGAGGCUCAACGUAAACAGAUGGAGAGCGGGACUAUUCCUACGGAUGACGUUGAUGCUCUCUUCGACGACGAUGAUUGUAUUUCAGACAUGGCCGAAAGUCUAGCUGGAACAUCCCUCACCGACCGACCAACCCAGAGUGUACCCUCGUCCCCCACUAACAUCUCAACGACUACUAAUGCUAAUCCAUGUACCGAAUCGGAGUCUAGAUCUAACGCGGCCGUACAGCCGGAGAUUAAGGUUAGCCCAAGGGAAAAAUACUCGAAACUUUUCACUCUUCGUGAAGAAAACGGAGAAUAUAUUCAAGACGUAAAGGAGCUAAUGCGAGUUCCUGUAAUCCUAAAAACUGACCUAACCAAGAGUCCACCUUGUUUGACAAUUCGAUCCCUUAACCCCUAUGCCCUUUGA